AGAAAAUGUACUCGGAUAGCAGAAAACGGAGUUCUGAUGACUUGAUCGAUAAUUCAGAUGAAUCGAAAAAACCGAAGGAAUCGAGAAAUCUUUACUGCACUCUUGCCGCGUACGGUUGUCGAAAAGGAGAACGAGCUGACAUGCAAGACACUCACAUAAUGCUUCCAAAAUUCGAUUUAGGAACCGAAAAAUCAUUUCUGUCUCGUGCAUCAUUUUUCGCGAUUUUUGAUGGUCACGCAGGACCACGCGCCGCAGAGCAUUGUCAGAGUCAGAUGGGUAAAACGGUCAAAGAAAAACUUGCCAAAUUUUCGGAUUUCCCAACAUUGACUAAAUCACUCAAGCAGACCUUCACAGAAUCCUACAAAGCAGUGGACGACGGGUUUUUGGCAAUUGCCAAACAGAAUAAACCUAUCUGGAAGGAUGGAACCACCGCGACCACCAUGAUCAUUCUGAACAAUGUGAUCUACGUGGCAAAUAUUGGUGAUAGUCGAGCUGUUGUUGCUAGAAAGAAAGAAGAUGGAUCAUUUGCACCAGUUUGUCUUACUGUAGAUCACGAUCCAAUGUCUCAUGAUGAAAGGAUGAGAAUUCAGAAAGCUGGAGCAGUUGUGAAAGAUGGUCGAAUUAAUGGAGUAAUCGAAGUGUCUCGUUCAAUUGGAGAUUUGCCAUUCAAAUCACUUGGCAUCAUCAGUACUCCGGAUCUCAAAAAACUGACGCUCACCAAAAAUGACUUAUUUGCCAUCAUCGCCUGCGACGGUCUCUGGAAAUCAUUUUCCAAUUUGGAAGCUGUUUCGUUUGCAGUCGAGCAGUUGGAGGCUGCAAAGAAGACCGAUAUCGAACAAGAACCUAACGAGUCUCGUGAAGCUGCUGAAUUGAGAGUUGUGGCGGAAAAGUUGGCUGCAGAAGCCGUUCGCAGAAAGUGUGGUGAUAAUGUUUCAGUUAUAAUUGUGAAACUGGAACUUAUUGAUUCCGAAUGAUCUUUUAUUAUUAUUUAUGUGUUUUUUAUUUUAUUUUAUGAACUGAUUAUUUUAUAAGUACAUACACUGUUUAUUCAA